AUGACAGACUACAAUUAUUAAUUCUAUUUCUAAGAUGAGGAGGAGGAAGAAUAAAAAGAUUAGCUAAUUAACGAAAUAGCGAAAGCUAGCGAGAGUAAAUAAAUCUAAAAAAAAAAGAGAACCUAUAAAACUAGAGUUAACAAAAGAGCUUUAGAGCUAUAACAGAAGCAACGUGACUUGUAAAGAGCUAAAUAGCUCAUAGCGACUCUAUGCAAAGUUCCUUCUGGAGAAUAUAAAUAUUUUAUUCGUGGUGACUUACUUGUAGAUUUUGAUUUUUUAACUGAUAAAGUACCCUACAAGCAAGCAUUUUUCAGCCUGAACGAUUACAAACCUGCGAAAGAGGUUUUGUUCAAUAAAUUGGAUAACUAUUAUGAAAUUCAUUUUGAUUAGGGAUAAGAGCAGAUUUAGAAUUUUAAUUUCAUAAUAGAAAUGCUAAACAGUCUUGGAAACAAUCGAAUUCAUCACCUCGCAACAGUACUUGAAAAUUAUCUCAAUGCUCUCUCUAUGCUAGACAAAUUUAGAGACAGCAAAUCUCUUUCUUAGUUAUUAGACAAUGAUAUUAUGUUAGAAGAAGAUAAUAGUUAUUCAAAUUGGAACUUCGAUUGUAGUUUACAAAAAGCGAAUUUACUUCUAAAAGAAAAACUUUAAGAUCCAGACAACUUUUUUUAUAUUAUCAGCAAAGGACACAAAGAUUAUUCAGAAUUAGUAAUUUAUGCAAUAAACAAUACAGCUCUUAAGAUGAUUUUAGGAAAUAUAGAUCACGAAUCGACUGUAAAAAUCCUCUUACAAAAUGGUAUGAUCAUCAUGAGUUAGGAUUUUACAGAUGUGCUUCAAUUUAAAAUAUUUGAAACCAUGUCUAAUCUGGGCUAAAAUUAAGAACCAGAACAAAUUACCUAUUCACGAAAAGUGCCAAAUAUCACAAUCAACAACCUCAAGCUAGAUAUUAACUUCACCUAUGAAAAAUACAGAUUAAGCAAUUAUAAAGAUAAAUUUAAUGACAGCAUCAUAUUUGCCAAGAUAAACAGUUAAGAAAGGCAAAAUCUGAUGAAUUAGUUAUUCUUCUAAAAACUUGUCUCUGACACUAGUGUUUCUGAAGAAAAGCUCCUCCUUUCUGAUAUAACUUAUCAAGCCCAAAGUGAGUAUUUCAUGGAAAAAUUCUACACUGAAAAUCAUUAAAAUCAAAAUUUGAGCGAAAGUAUCAGCUGA